GGGGUGGACCUUGCGGUCACGUGAGCAGGGCCAGCUGUUAGCCGGGGGGCGGCGGGCAGAGCGCCAAGAGUCUGAGGAGGGGGAAGCGCCCGACGGCCGCCUCCGCCACUGCAGCUGCAGCUGCAGCUCCGGACGUCGCCGCAGUGAUCGCGGCCGCGGCAGCAUCCGCACCCUCGGCGGCCGCAGCCUCAGCACCGCAGAGCCGAGCCCGGAGCCCGCCGCCCCGCAGGAUGCCUGUGGCUCCUCCAAGUUGCUGUUUGGUGGCCUUCCCGCCGCGUGCUAAGGACGGUCUGGUGGUGUUUGGGAAAAAUUCAGCUCGGCCCAGGGAUGAAGUGCAGGAGGUUGUGUAUUUCUCGGCGGCCAAUCACGAACCCGAGAGCAAGGUGGAGUGUACUUACAUCUCAAUCGACCAAGCUCCCAGGACCCAUGCCAUUGUGAUAAGCAGACCUGCCUGGCUUUGGGGGGCAGAAAUGGGAGCCAAUGAACAUGGAGUAUGCAUAGCCAAUGAAGCCAUGAACGCCAGAGAACCGGCCGCCGAGACGGAAGCCCUGCUGGGAAUGGAUCUAGUCAGGCUUGGUUUAGAAAGAGGGUCGACCGCUAAAGAAGCCUUAGACGUCAUUGUUGCCUUGUUGGAAGAACAUGGACAAGGGGGGAAUUAUUAUGAAGAUGCAGAUGCUUGCCACAGCUUCCAGAGUGCGUAUCUGAUUGUGGACCGUGAGGAGGCCUGGGUGCUUGAGACCAUAGGAAAGUACUGGGCUGCUGAGAAAAUCACAGAGGGCGUCAGGUGCAUUUGCAAUCAGCUUUCACUCACGACCAAGAUUGACGCAGAGCAUCCUGAGCUCAGGGGUUACGCUCAGAGUCAAGGUUGGUGGACGGGAGAGGACGAGUUCAAUUUUUCCGAAGUGUUUUCUCCAGCCGAUGACCAUUUAGACUGCUGUGCAGGCAAAGACAGCUUCGAAAAGCAAGAAGAAAGCAUCACUGUGCAGACUAUGAUCGACAUCUUAAGGGACAAAGCCAGUGGGGUCUGUAUAGACUCCGAAUCUUUCCUCACCACAGCCAGUGUAGUGUCUGUCCUGCCUCAGAACACAAGCUCACCGUGCAUUCACUACUUCACCGGGACCCCAGAUCCUUCCAGGUCCAUAUUCAAGCCUUUCAUCUUUGUCGAUGACGUAAAACUUGUCCCCAAAGCACAGUCUCCCUGUUUCGGGGACGAUGACCCAGCCAAAAAGGAACCUCGAUUCCAGGAAAAACCAGACCGCCGGCAUGAGCUCUACAAGGCCCACGAGUGGGCACGCGCUGUCAUCGCAGGUGACCAGGAGCAAGGUCAAAAGCUGAGGAAGACCAUGCUGGAGCUAGAGAAACAAGGCCUGGAAGCCAUGGAAGAAAUCCUGACCAGCGCCGGCCCCCCGGACCCCGCGGAAGUGGGGGAUCUUUUCUAUGACUGUGUUGACACGGAGAUUAAGUUCUUUAAGUGAAUGACAAUGGACACAUUAGCCUCUCCACGGGAGUUCUGGAGUUCAUCGAGCCCUGGAAGGCAGGCUCCGCGGUGCUGAGUUUGUGGGGAAAGCAAAAUCUUCAAAAGUUUUUACUCUCAGUACUGGCUCCUUUCAGGUUAAGAGAGGGCACUUUUUUGUCAGGCCUGGGGCUCUUGUGUGUGCUCCAGAGAAAAGCGUCUUGGCCUCCCACUACUAGAGUGUGUGCCUAUAGUGCAGAAUGUCUCCAGAUGUGUCUUCUAAAGCAGCGGUCCCCAACCUUUGUGGCACCAGGGACCGGGUGCUCCAAUGAGAAUCUAAUGCCUGGUGAUCUGAGGCGAAGCUGAGGCGGUCAUGCUGGUGCUGGGGAGCGGCUCAAAUGCAGACGAAGCUUCGCUCGCCUGCUGCUCACCUCUUGCUGUGUGGCCCGGUUCCUAACAGGCCACGGACUGGUACCGGUUUGCGGCCCUGGGGUUGGGGACCCCUGUUUUAAGGGACAGAAGCCAUGGGAGGGAGUUAAAGGGAGCUCCUCCCCAGUCCCAGCUCCAUCCUCGUUGCGUGAUCCUGUGCACUGUGCUGUGUGCCGUGGCCGCACAGAGUGCUUCCACGUGUGGGAUCCCUGGUCAUCUGCGUUAGCUGGCACCUGCCCGCUUUAGAGAUUCACAGGCAGCUAUGCCAGAGACUUCCCUGAAUCACCGUGUGGCUCUCCCAAAAGUCACCUGGCUCUCCUACAUAGCAGCAUACCCGCCACAUGGAUGUGGCCUUGUGUAGGAGUGAUUCCAGGCCCGGUUCCUGCCAUGUAGUUUAGGAUUAAUUAAAUGGCCCUGUGGCACAGUUCCACCCCACAAAGCUGCGAAUCUCUCAGCUAAUGAGGGAGAGAAAAGGAGAAACUUUUGACGGUUUAGGUUCUAGUUAAAGUAGCUGGAAUCUGAGCAGCCACAACGUGAUCUCAGCAGAGACAUGAGUUAAGCUGAUUUGUUUCCAACAUCGCGUUCCUAUGAAGGGUUUGACUUACACCAGAGCAUAGAAAAGCGUGCGAGGAAGACCAGAUGGGCUCGGCAUUGAGAAGGCAGAGGGCAGGAAGGCGACAGAUGGAUGUAGAAGCAUUUCACGCCAGGGUACCCAUCCUGCCUCCACCCUUCCUGCCCAGCCUGUUCAAUCCCGCAAAGCUGUAUCGGAGGCAGCUGGCUUUCCCUGGUCCUUCUCUUCCUCCUCCCACCCGCAUGUCCCUUUAGCUGCCUUCAGACUGAGAGCUGAAGUGGGCAGGGGGUAGUGGGGGUCUUGCCUCCAGCUACUGAAACUCCGCCACUCAUGAAAUGGAAAGUGGCCAGCGGUGACUGAGAGAGGGUGUGUCACUCUGCCAGCUUGUGGGAGAAUGGCAGCCUAAUUGCUCCUAGUGACUCUGUCUCAGCACCAGUGUGUGCGAGGCCGUGAGAGUCGGGAGGGCCUUGGGUCCCAUACACCGCUGUGGACACUGAGGGUCACAGGUUUUAUCGGAACAGAUCUGUUUUUCUACCAGCUCUCUUUAAGAGGGUAGGCAUAAGAGCAGCAUGAGCUUUUUGCCCAGCAGCUUUGUAAAUUCCGUAUGUAAAAUCACUAACUAUGAGUGGUGAGACUCUGAGCCGGCAGAGUUAACAGCGGCUGUUCGUCGUGGCUCAUAGUUGCUGAGAGUGUUGUCCAGGUUUGGCCUAGGCUUUCACUGUUGAUGAACUCGGGGUCUCCUUGAAGGUGCAGCGGCCAUUCUGAGAGUAUCUGUCUACAGAGGAAAGGGUACCCGUCCCCCUCCUAAAUCCACCUGUUGAGUGGUUGUUUAAAGCAAGGUGAUGCAUAAAGCAUCAAUUUCACCAUGUCGUCUUACCCCCUCCUAUUAUGGAAACAUUUCACCAGACCUGACAUGUCUGUGAUUUGGUGAUUCGGUGUUUGACCAAAAGGGAUCUAUGAGAAUAGGUUACACAGACGCCCGCUUUCAUUAUUAGGGGCCAAACAAAGGUCACGGACAACCAAGGCAGCCUUAUGCCAUGCCCCAGCCAUUGUACAGUGGGAAACACAAUGGCAGCUUGUAUUAGGGGACGUUGACCUUAGUCCAGCACUUCAGAGAAGGGUGGACCCUAACUCAGAGUUGUCUUGGCUAACACUGUGCAUCACAGGUGUGGUGCCUCUGUCUGACCACUAGAGGGCGAGGUAGCCCAGAAGUUAACCGGGACUGGGCUGCUUCCAUCAGGCACAGGUGGUCUGUGUGUAGUCAGAUCCGAAUAAUAGCAGUGGACAGAUUUUUUAAUGCAUUGGAUGGAUGGAGAAAGACAAGAAGGGAGCGAAGAAUCUGCCGAUGUGGCUGUUCUCACUUCUAGUGACUCAUCUACUGAACAGCUUGAAGUGUGUUGGAUUUUGAGCAGGUUGUUGUUGGGGGGGGGCGGGGGGAAUGUUAGUUUUUAAAGGCUCCUAACAGACUCCGCUUUUGAAAAAUGCUUAUCAUUACAUGGAUCAUUUAUUGACCAGGAAUUGUUCUUCUAAAGGCAAUAUGGAGAAAACGAAUAUUCAAAAUGAACUAUGAAAAUAAUGUUUAAAGGUCAGUGUGUAAAUAGCUUCCUAAAAUAUCAUUCGUGUAUCCAUUAAGACUCGGGGACGGGGGCGCUCUGCAUGUUUUGUACAGAAAGAAGACAUGGCCAUAAAGGACAGAAUCCCCUCCCACCCCCGGCUCCCACGUCCCAUAACCAAACAUAAGCUAAUUAGUCUUCUCUAGUAGAGGGGAGUUGUCACAGAGGAAGACAGCCCUCUACGCU